AGUUUCAGUGCAGUUGUGUUGUCUUCCUUACCAACAGAGGGCGCUGUAACUAAUGACUGGCUAAACCCUGACUGCAGGAGGAGCGUCAACAUUCCACAACAGCCAGAAGACCGUUUCCAGGUGUAAUUUAUACAGUUCAACCUGGAUACCAGGUAAUGUUUUUUUACUUAUAAUACCAGCGAUACCUUUUGGAAAUUCACGACUACAACCGGGAUUUAAUCCAGACUGACAGUGGGUAUUAACAAAAACAAAGAAAUGCCUUUCUGCUGAGUUUGGGACUUCUGGAAAACAACUGCAGCCAUGAGGAGGAACAAGCAAUGGGACGUGAACAAGGCCAUGCUUCUGUCCAGGCUCUUUCAGUUCCUACACUGUGCUGGGAAGGCAUGUGUCAUCCCCUUUCUCACUCUCUAUCUCAGAUAUCUUGGAUUGACUGCUUCCCUGACUGGCAUCAUAAUGGGCACUAAGCAUUUCAUUAACCUGGCCUGGGCUCCGCUAAGCGGUUACUUUGCCAAGCACUACAACAAACGAAGGGUAGUAAUACUGAGCUCGCUGCUGUGCUCCAUAGGAGCAGGGCUUCUCCUGUUACUCAUUCCACCGGCAGACAAGGCAACAAUGACCAGGUACUGCAAUAUCAGUGCAUUUGCUGGGUUUGGGUUGCCAAAAACCGCAGAGGACACAAUAAACUAUAGCCAGUUAGGAAACACUACUAUGACUGUACAUGCCUUCACAACCCUUAUAUCCCCUACAGCACUCUCUAAAAUUAAUACAAAACACAUUGCAACUGCAGGAGCGGGUCAGACGCUUAAUGAUGCAAUAUUAGCCACCGCUGCUGCAAGUAAACAUGAAGUUACACGAAUUGCUCAGCGACAAUCCCAUAGGGAAAAUCACAAGAAUGAAGAAGUGGCUAAUCCUGAUAUCCCAGAUAAUUCUGAUUCAAAAAGGUCAGUCAGGUCAAGAUCUUUAAAAACUGGUUCUGCACAUGGACAAAAAGGCACAGAUGUUGUUUUGGAGGUGCAGCACCAGCUUUUCUUCCUGGUCCUCAUGGCUGUAGCUCUGUGGGAGGUCCUAGCCGCCCCUUUGGAAUGGACUGUGGAUGAUGGCCUGUACGAGUACCUGGAUUUUGUGGAUGCGACUGACGGUUACAGCCAGCAUUGGAUCUGGGGGUACCUGGGGGCGGCAUGCAGUGCCUGUGGCGUGGGUCUUUUGGUAAGCAACCUGGACUGCUUGCUAAAUGUCCAUAUUCACCGGAGCGCAGUCCAUUUUUAUUGCUACGCUAUUCUGAUUACCUUAACGCUUCUCACUGGCACCUUCUUGCCAAUUCAUGUCAACAGGAAACGGGAGCAGACAAACAAAGUUCUUAAAGCCCUGCACCUCAUCAGCAAUGACAGCAGAGCCACGUUGUGUGCGCUUACUGCCUUUAUUGUUGGCGCAGUCGGCUCUACCUUUGAAAAUUACCUCUUCUGGCAAAUGCAGGACAAAGGCAGUAGCGAGUUCUACAUGGGAGCCUCGAUAGCAAUCAAACUUUUCGCUGAGAUUCUGCUCUCCUUCUUCAGCAGCAAGAUCCUGAAGACUCUUGGCCAGAGUGGGACCGUAGCACUGGGGAUGUUAUGCAUGGCAGUCCAGUGUCUCUACUACUCCUUCCUCUGGUCUCCAUGGUCUGUGUUGCCUAUUCAGUCUUUGAAUGCGUUUAGCAAUGGAGCCCUGUGGUGGGCUCUGAAUGCCUAUUGUGAAGAUGUUUCUACCCCAGGAAUGGAGAGAUCUGUUCAAAGGGUUUUUCAAGCGCUCUCGCUCGGCCUUGGCGCUGGAAUUGGCAGCUUGGCGGGCGGCUUCAUUGCCAGCAGGUUCAGCUUGGAGGUGCUUUACAGGGCGGCAGCAGUUGUUUUGGUAAUCUGGUCAGUUGCAUUCCUGCUAGUACAGUCCAGGAUUCCCAGGCAGAAGAAGGUUAACUACUCCCAGCUUUUAGCGGCUGACAACAGUGACCUUAGUGAUACGGAGACAGAUCAGGAGAGAGACUGGCUGGUUAAAGCCAUGAAGGACGAAAUAGAGAAUAACAGCUGGUAAAGACUGGAUCAGUAGUGUUGACCUGUGCACUGACAGACAAAGAGCACAGGAUUUGAAAAGUGCACGUAAUUGAAAAUAUAAAGCUUGCCUUUACAAAUAUGGACCAAAAAAUGUUGCGGGGUAUUGGGGUAUUGGGUCUAUUAUUGAUAAGUGAACAGUAACUAGUAAUCUUGACAAUUACUUGUUCAGCUAACUGGCUACCAGCUGUGGUAAUUUGAAGUUUAAAGUUAUGUUAUUCAGCAUAGUGCUGGGGCACAUUGAUAACUAUGGAUUUGCAUAAUACCUACAGGGAAGUAUUAUGUAAAUGCAUGUGUAAUGUAAGAACCUGCUGCAAAUGGUUAUUAUGACAUGCUCAAAGGUUAACAUGGAUUGCAAAAGGUCAAUUGAUGCUUUAUUACUGACAGCGGUGCACAGAGACUAGGACUACCCUCACAUUACAAAGUGCAUAAUAAAAGCUCUGAUACUACUGAAAGAAAAGACAUUUUAAAGACAUUAAGCACACAAAACACUAUCUCACAGGGAUUUCAAAGACAGCUUGCAUAUAAUCUGUAUAGUUAUUUCUCUGUUUUAAUAAAGAUAAAUCGCAGUUCAAUCACAGUAAUGCUACAGACACUAAAACAAGAGCAUGAGCCAAGUUAUGACUAUAAUUUGGUUCUUGUAGGCUGUAACACUACACCCAUGAGAGAAAGAAUUGUGUGUAAAAUCUCUUGAAAUGCAUAUAGAAAAGCUUGUUACAGGGUAUGGAAAUAAGACUUGCAUUGCAAAGCAGUUUCACUCAUUCAAGGUUUCAAUACGAGCUUGAUUAUCCGCAGUGUAUAGGUAACAAACUCAGGUGUGUCUCGUUAUACAUAGUAGAACCAGGAAUGGAUCAAACCGCUAUGCAAUGGGAGUCUUAUUUCCAUCCUUGUUAUUAUCACAAAAUCAACUGUAUAUUGUGAGAUUUGUGUUCUGGUUUGUUCAUGCCUGUUUGUUUGUAUACAGUAUGUACAGAUAUAUUAUUUUGAUUAAUUCAUGGUAUGUCUGUGUUACAGCUGAUCUACAAUGUAUUGUCACUACAAGGACAAUGCAAAGGUUCUGUACCAAGGGUCAGAUACACACCGGUAAGCCAUCGCAGUGCAAUAGCAUUGCUAGAGUGCAAUAUUUGUGCCAAGUCUGUUGUGCUGCCAUUGUUGGUAGUGCUGUGAUUUACUAAUGAUUUGGUGAGGUUUCUUCUGGUUAAUAUACUGGCAUUAAAUGCCUAUGGUAUUUAUUGGUAAGGGUGGAUGUUCUUUUUGGUUAUUUCUUGGCUGGGACUGGCAAGGUGACAACAUUUACACUUCACUUAGUACACGCCAAACAGUUCUUCUCUUUUUUUUAUUAUUCAAUUUUUGAACUGCUAAUGUAUUAAUAAUAAUAAAUUAAAUAAAAAAUACCCAUUUUGUAUUUUCACAGUCCCAAAUAAAUGUUUAUAAAUGUUAAUUUAUGGAUAUGGUGGGUGAAGUAGUUACAUUGUAUUAAAACUAUUUAAAUUAAA